CUCGCAAGAAAGACGAGUAAGAUCUUGGCCUCGGAAUUAACUGCUCAAUUAUCGUUUUAUUGGCGUUUUAUUGGGGGUUUUAGAGUGUUGUGCUGCUUUAUUUAUUACGGUUGAUCAUGGAUACAACGGAACUGCAUCGUGGAGUAGUUUAAUAUGGCGCGUGGAGCCGACUGGAAGGGAGGAGUUUGAAUAGUUUAGCCUUUGUUCUGCCGUAGCCAUCCAAAGAUGCGUGCUGCCUGCGUAAUCUGUGGAGAUCUCUUCAUCCACACGGAUGACAUCUCUGCAACCCCCUGUGGACACACCUUCCAUACUGUGUGUCUGAUACAGUGGAUUGAAAGGUCGAAAUCGUGCCCACAAUGUCGCCACAAAGCUACAGAGAAGAGUUUGGUAAAGCUGUUUUUUGAUUCAGGAGGAGCAGAUACAUCACAUGUUGACCCUGACACAUUGCAGCACCAGAUUGACAGCCUUAAGUUUCAAAUUCGCUUAAAGGAGCAAGAAAUGAAAAACUUUAAGGAUGAAUCACGAACUUUGACCAAGCAGAAUAAAGGCCUCAGAGAAGAGUGCAAAACCAUCACCAGCCAGCUUCAUGCCAAAGACACUACAAUUAUGGCUUUGAAGUCACAGCUUCAGUUCAUGGACCGCAUCACAAAGGAAGCCCAGAAGGCAAAAGAGGAGGCCAAAAAACUGAGAGAACAGCUCAAAGUGCUUCAAAAUGUGGAGAGCAUAGUUUCAGGCACCAAUGAUGAUGUGGAAGCAAUGCUGGUGUCUUAUUCCAACAACCCGGACAGCACAAGAGCCCUGGCCACCUUUUGCUCCAUACUGAAAAAGUUUAGUGUACAAGGAGAACAUUUUACAGUAGAAAAUGUGGGUAUAUCUAGCCAUGAUUUGGGAAUAUACUCAUCGAACUCAGAGAUGCAAAAUAUAAAUGUAAAAUAA